AAAUAGAAAAGAUUCGAAGCGCGAAUUAUCUUAACUCAAGAAACGGAAUGCAUAUGCAAAACAACAGGGGUAAAAGUGUAAGUUUAUGAAAAACAAUCAAAUAUUUUUGUUUCAGAAAACUCCAUUUACAGGGCAGAAAGAAUAAUCAAGCCACAGACGAACCCUUUGAUUUGAAGAUGGCUCACCCUCUGCAACGUAUAUGGAGCCAGGGUCGCUCCCUGCGCACCGCUUUGUGUUCUCUCUCCAGACCAUUCUCUGCUGACGCAUUGGUUGAGGUCAAGCCCGGUGAGAUCGGCAUCGUCUCUGGAAUUCCCGAAGAACAUCUUCGUAGAAGUGUAGUCAUUUACUCACCUGCUAGAACUGCUACUCAGCAAGGAUCUGGAAAAGUUGGGAGGUGGAAAAUCAAUUUUAUGUCCACCCAAAAGUGGGAAAAUCCUUUGAUGGGUUGGACAUCCACAGGAGACCCAUAUGCCAAUGUAGGUGAUGCUGGAUUAAGUUUUGAUAAUGAAGAAGCUGCAAAAGCAUUUGCUGAGAAACAUGGUUGGGAGUAUGUGGUCAGGAAGCGUCAUACACCAUUGCUGAAGGCCAAGUCAUAUGCAGACAACUUCAAGUGGAAGGGUCUUCCAAAAUCCGAAGAAAACUGAUGGUAAUGCUGCACAUUUCUUGCAUCAUAAGAUAAGUCACGUGGCCAAGGAUUGUGGUUCUCUUUUAUUGGACUUUCUGCAAAUGACAACAAAUGUAGUAUUUCAAGUCAUGUUCCGAAUGAAUUUUUUUCUUUUUAUCAUAAUAAAAUGGGACUUAUGGAUUGCACCCGUUUGUUCUUUUAUCCCUUUAAGAAAGAGAUAUCACAUUAGUGUUUUAACGAUACUGAAACUUUGUGAGGAUCUGCAUUCAUCAGAUAGCAAUGACCUUAAGUGA